AUGCCUGUCAGUGUUGAUGAGGUGAUGCAACUGUUCUACCAUCUCUCUCAGGAGAAGGGGAUGAAAGCUGCUGUCAAACACUCUGGCCGAGGAGCACUGCUGGCAGGUGCAACAGCAUUUGUUGGGGGUCUGGUGGGAGGUCCACCUGGAAUCGCUGUAG